AUGAAUGAUGUUCACAGUCCUAAAAACGUCCUCGUCACAGGGGGUGCCGGAUUUUUGGGAUCAAACCUAAUCGAUUUUCUUCUCGAGAAGGGUUAUCAUGUAAUAGGAGUGGACUGCUUCCAAACUGGCUCCCCCAAAAAUCUACAACACCUCGAGAAGCACCCCAGGUUCACACUGAUCAACCAUAAUAUCCAAUCUCCUUUCGAAGGUCUUGAUAGAAUCGACCAGAUCUACAAUCUUGCAUGUCCGGCAAGUCCGAUACAAUACCAAAAAGAUCCAUUAUCAACUUUGAAAACUUGCUUUCUGGGCACUGAGAAUCUCCUGGAGCUUGCUAAGGCCAGAAGUAUUCGGAUUCUACAUACAAGCACAUCCGAGGUAUACGGCGAUCCUCAGGUCCAUCCUCAAUCCGAGAGCUACUGGGGAAAUGUCAACCCUUUUGGACCACGCGCAUGCUACGACGAAGGAAAGCGUGCCGCAGAAGCUCUAUGCUACGCAUAUCGCGAGCAGUCCAAAGUGGACAUCAGAAUCGCUCGCAUCUUCAACGCUUAUGGACCACGUAUGAGGGCCGAUGAUGGCCGGGUGAUAUCAAGUUUCAUAUCCUCCGCGCUAGCAGGUCAAGCUCUAAGGAUUACCGGCGAUGGUGCGGCAACUCGAUCGUUUCAAUAUGUCUCGGAUUGUGUUGAAGGACUGUAUACGCUUAUGAACCGCGAUUACGACGACGGGCCUGUUAAUAUAGGCAAUGAUGCCGAAAUCACCAUCCAGGAAGUGGCGGAGAUGACAGCAGAGCUUGUUUCUCAGAUGUCGGGUCAGCGCAGAGUAUCAAUCACAUAUCAUCCGCUUCCUGUUGACGAUGUUAGGGUCCGGCGGCCAGAUAUUACAUUAGCGAAGUCGAAGCUGGGCUGGGCGCCAGUUGUUCAACUGCAAGAUGGAUUGCGGAAGACGAUCGAGUGGCAUAUACAUAAUUCCUAG